GUGGCGCUCUACAAACGGGGCCAUAGUCUGACUUGAGCCCGAAUGUCGCCAUUUUCCCUGUUGACUCUCGAGCGACACUGGAGGUGAAAACAGCGCCAUUUCUGUCGGCGUCCAUGAUACGCUAUGCUACCGCAGCGGAUUCCAGAGCUCCAGCUCGGAACGGCAGCGGGAGAGAACUAGCCGCUCCCCUUUUCGGUGGUCUUCUUCUCUUCAGCUCACAGCAGGUGCUGCUGCAGAAGUAAUCACCUCAACAUGGGCGCCCCUGUGUGACGCAAACACUCCUUGUGUUUUGCUGAGCAGCUGAGAUCGAUCAGCAACAUAAGCCAUGCCUGACGAAUAAAAUCAGCCUUUUUUUUGCUUAAAGCAAGAAAAAAAAUCCCACAUGCCUCCUCACGUAGAGCCCAUUCAGUGCAUCCUAUCGGAUUGAUCGCCUGCCCCCCCCUCCCCAACCCACCCUUACUGAGGUUCCAGGUUCUGCCUCCCACUCUGCACUCCACCUGACAGCAACAAAUCAUCACUAUGCCGAUCCACCUGAGAAUGGCCAACACCUGAGGUCUCAUGCGUCCAGUGAGCACCGAUUCAGACGGUCCCGCUCCUCCCGAGAACCUCUCUUGCCCCUACCCACUUGUAGGCCCCCUGCCUGCCUCAGAGAUGUCACUCCUCCAGUCGCUGGGUCCAGUACAAAGCUGGCUGGGCCAGGAGCUUGAGAAGUGCGGGAUUGAUGCUAUGAUUUACACCCGCUACGUCCUCAGCCUUCUCCUGCACGACAGUUAUGACUAUGACCUGCAGGAGCAGGAGAAUGACAUCUUCUUGGGCUGGGAAAAGGGGGCUGGGAAAAAGUGGGGCAAGAGUAAGAAGAAGGGAGGGACCGACCUGAGUCUCGAGGAAAUGAAGAAACAAGCAGCAGUGCAAUGUCUUCGUUCUGCAUCAGAUGAAAACUCUGGGAUUGAAAGCCUGGUUGAAGAGCUCUGCUCCAAACUUAAGGACAUUCAAAACAAACAGAAAGAGGAAAAACAGAUCCAAAAGAAGUCUGAUGGUGCUCUAUCUCCAGAGCGAGUUGAGUCCCCCUCUUCAAAGGACCAGGUGGAAAUGUAUUAUGAAGCCUUCCCUCCUUUGUCAGAGAAACCUGUUUGUCUCCAAGAGAUCAUGACUGUGUGGAAUAAAGCCAAGGCCUGUGCACACUCAAGUUCAUCAUCCUCGGCAGCCCCACAGACCAGUACAGACACCUCUUCCCCAAAAGAUUGCAACAGCGAGUGUGAGACCGUGAAGGAGCGGAACCCAGAAUCAUGUACCAUCACCAGUGUGAGCAACGAGAGAGGCCAGCAGCGACGAAACAAGAAGGAGAAAGAAAAUCGAUACCAUUGCGGCGCAGCAGCAGAAGAGAAAAGCACAGUCCACUCCAAGAGACAAACACGACACAGGUCUGAGGGUAAAUACCGAGCCCGGUCCUGGUCUUCUGGCUCUAGUGAGGAGGGCUCGAGCUCAAGUGGGAACCAAGGAGGCUCAAAGUCAUUCAGAAGCAAGGCGGUUAGGGUAAGGCACAAAUCAAGAGAGGUUGGGAAGAAUAAGAGACAACGCAAUAGUGGACAGCUGAAGCUGCAGCUGAAGGCUAUUGACAAAGAGGAACGACGAAAUGCAGGAGGGGGCAGUGCCACUGGAGGCACUUGCAAGGCACCACAGCUUUACAAGAAGAGCAAGAGAUCCCUCAAGGAGAUUUAUAAAGAUCCAGGCUGGGUGCAAGCGAAUGAGAUUGGCCUUGAUGCCAGAAACGCAAAGGAGUACAUGGAGGAGCCCCUCUGGUAUACUGAGCCCAUCACAGACUAUUUUGUACCUUUUAGCAGCAGACAAAGCAAGCUGGAAACAAAGUAUCGAAGCAAAGUAGGCUCUCCUGAAGACUUCAGUUUGUCAGCUGACAUGGCUAUGCUGCCAGAGAGGAUCCAGGGAAUCUGCAUUGCCAGUGAGGGCUACCAGAGAACAUACCUUGCUGCAGGCUCAUUUGUUGACGGGCGCUUUGUGGAAGCGCCUGGCGAAGCGGAGGACGAAACUGCUGAGCUCAUUGGGACCUCAAGCUGCCUUCAGCCAGAGGAUGGUGGAGAUUUAGAUGACAAGCAUCUGCCAGAAUUCACCGACUUCUAUGAAGUCGAUAUUUAUCAAUCCAUAUUGGAUACUAGUGCCUCAGACUCUUUACAAGAGAGUCGGAUUCUAAGCAUGAUUCGACAAAAGAGCAAAGAGCAAAGAGACGACGAGGCAGAAACUUGCUUAGUGUUAGACGGCCUUGAGCAGCAAGGGAAAAGUGCAAUAAGGGCAGACUUGGAGGAAGCUUCUGGAUCUGUUGGGUUCCUAAUGGAGGAACUAGACAAUAUGGCUCAAGUCUGGGGAUGUUACUCUCCAUCUACGUCAGAAGAUAUAGAUGGAGAAAGCUUCAUGGGCGACUCCCCCGUUCGGCUCUCCCCCCUCCUUGAUAGUGUUUCCUUUACCUUGAGUAAUCUGUCUGGAAGUCUGGUGGAUCCACAAGUUCCUGAAGCCCCCAGGGAGCCAUCUUCUUGCUUCUCACUUUUUGAGCUACAAUACGACAGCCCGGCUUUUCCUCUUCCCCGCGAUUCGCUCUCCGUCGCUGAUGAAAACAAAGCAGAUUCUAGUAUUUGUCUCGACCCGCAUGCUAAUAAACAGUCUCGUUUGCUAAUUUGGACCAAAAAUAGUGCCUUUGAUGAAACGGAACACUGCUCAAACCUUUCAACGCGAACAUGCAGUCCAUGGUCGCAUUCUGAAGAGACCCGUUCGGAUACAGAACACGGGAAUAUUCCCACAGAGGAGUCGGCUCAGAUUGGCACGGAAGAAAUGAAUUCUAUCAUCCCUCCUCUUUCUGGCACAUAUCUUGAGGAAGAAAUCUUGGAUUUCUUGCAAGAAGACUCUGGGGUCAAAUGUGACGAGGUCGCUGCAUCCAGUCAGACUUACACCAAAAAAUCCAAAUUGGAGUCCGUUUGUGGAAUAGCAUUGGAAGAGGAUGACAGUAAACAAUACAGUUCUAGUGUUUUCUCAGAUGACACAAACCAACAGAGGGGUGAGUACAGCUCAGGAAUAAUCAAAGACAUUUGGUCAGCAGUCGGGGAGGGCAAAUUGGUGGUGUCAAGGCAAGGUGGAGAGAAACCAAUUGAGAAGGUAUUUCCUGAAGACUCAGGAGGUGGUUACUGUGGCAGCUGUCUGGAGGUGCAGGCCAAACGAGUUCCGCUUAGGGGACCUCAGAAAAAAGCAGUGCAGCGCUCCGAGUAUCACCUCUGGGAGGGCAAGAACGAAGAGCAGGACUUGGCCAAAAAUAAACCAUCCAAGUUGGAUGGUGCCGGGGAUUACAUGACUCCGUCCAGACCCUGGGACUUGAGAUCGGAUAAAGACAGUACGUCUUUCAUCAUUGGUGGGGUAUAUGGAGAGUUCAAGAAUUGGGCCGUCGUGCCACCAAACGAAUCUCAACACAGCUUGCUACAGUCUACUGCUGCAUCUGCCUCUACUUCUGAAAUGCUCACCAUCACCGGCACCGAUGUGUUCAUGAACACGAGCAGCUGCUUCACUCCAGGACACAGGCGCCUGUGGAGGCCUCUUGUGUCCUUCGGCCAAAGCGACCACACAAUCACAGGGAGCAGAGAUGCGUUGAAUAAGGGAUUUUCUUUCAUCUUCCGCGAAGAUUUGCUGGGAUCUUAUGGAGGCUUGCGUGGUGAGGAGCAAGGUUUGGAAUACCCUUUUGCAUCCUUCCACCUGAACAAUCACUUCUCUCAAGUUCUCCACGUGGAGUGUUCCUUCGAGCCUGAGGACAUGGCUUCCUUCAGUCCUGGCUUCAAGCCCAAAUCUAUUCUUUGCUCCGACUCUGAGAGCGAAGCCUUCCGCCCGCAAAUUUAUGGCAUCAACCAAACUCAGUACAGGGCCAUUCGCAUUUCCCCCAGGACUCACUUCCGGCCAAUAUCGGCCUCCGAGCUGUCUCCUGGUGGAGUGAGCGAUUCAGAGGUGGAGUCUGACAAAGAGGAGGCGAGUUUUCCCGUCCUGGCACCAGUGGAUGUCUUCGAUGAUCCUCAGGCAGAUCUCAAACCUCUAGAGGAGGAUGCAGAAUGUGAAGGCCCUUAUUAUGGGAAGUCUGAACUGGAAUCUGGUAAAUUCCUACCCAGAUUAAAGAAGUCUGGCAUGGAGAAGAGUGCCCAGACCUCUCUGGAUUCACAGGAGGGUUCCAGUGCUCUCCUACCGGUUUCUGAGCAAGAGAGAUGUUUGGACUGCCAAACAGCAGCAGCUGCUGUAUCAACUGCAGGUGGACAAAUGGACAUCUCGGCUGGCACCUUUCAAAAAGAGGAAUCACCGGGGGAAAAACAGACCUACUUAUGUGCGACAGCAGGUCAAAUCCCCAAAUAUGGGAUUGCCUAUGACUUUGGUGGGGAUGUACCAGAGUUCCCUUUGUUAAACAUAAGUGGACAGGGAGGAAGUGGCAACCAGGAAGAUGACUGCUGGUGGCAAAACACGCUCUGUUCCCCCCUUUUCCCUGGAUCUCAGUGUACAGGGAGCAGCAACAUUUGAAUUGUCUACUUCGCAGAGGACUUGAUGUUGGCGAGAGGAAAGGUUGCUGGACUGUGGUGACUGGACCUCUUCCAGCAUUUAUUCAAGGUUAUCUCUGAGCCAGAAAACAGAACGUAGGCUGAUUUGCUUGAGCUUGCCCUCAGCUGCCCCCCCCCAUACACGCAUACACGCAUAACUGCUGGUUUUUAUUUACUAACAUAAAGCUUGUGUUAUCAACAAUCAGAUUGACGGAAAAGUGAGUUAAAAUAAGAAAAACGCUCAAAAUAGAGAUGUUGCGUGUUUGAGAUGCCAUAUGCAGAUGUUCCUUUUUAGAAUCAGUGAUUCAACUUUCAGCUAUUAGGCAUCCAUUGGGUCCUUUCAGGUGUGCCCCCACCAUCAAGCUUUAGAAUACUGGAUAGUGUCUGAUGGUUGUGCAUGUGCGUCUGUCCGGCCAGUCUCACUCCUUUUUUUUCUGGCUAAAAGCCUAUUUGCUGUGUGAAAUGAAACGCAAUUACAUCCUCAUCUACAUCCUCUCUUGACAAGACCACACUGUGGAUGUUGCAAUUUUUUUUUUUAUAGUUGCGCAAAAAAUGUGAUAUCAUAAUUUACAGUUUGUUGUUUGGAUGACUUUCUGAGAGCAAAGUAGAGAAUGUGUGCGCUUUUCUUUAAGAUAUCCAUUAACUUCCCAGUGUAUGGAAAAAAGUUCUAAAUCAGUCAGAUUUUUUUCAGAGUUUUUGACAACCUAGUAGUAGAUUAAGGAAUGGUUUGUGAAGCUAUAACUAUUCAGAAAAAAACCUAAAAAAAAUACAGGAAGUCAUUAUCUUACAGCUAUCUACUAAAAUGCAAGGGUCUAAAAUAAUUCGGAGAAGAAAAAAACUUACAAAAAAAAAACACUUCUGCAGACACCCUUUGCAGCUUAAUGCAACAUUUAUUUGAUCUUUUUUUCCUUUUUAUGGUACACAACAUUGGUGCUACAACUGUUCCAACAAGUUCCAUGAUGUGGCUGUGAUAAAUAAAUGGAAUAGCUUAGUUGUUGUUUUUUUGUUUCUAGUCCAGACAGUCACAAUCCGUCAGCCUUUUUUUUUAUUUGUAAAAAAAAAAAAAAAAACAAUGUAAAAAGAAAAAAGAUUUUGCCUAAUUACUGUUGAAAUGUGGUUUUGUUUGAAAUUUGGAAGCUGUCAGGCCUGUAACAGAUGCAGCAGGAAUAUUAUAAUGUCAUACACCUUUUCAGGUCAUUGAUUCAAAGCAAAAAGGACAAACUACUUCAUUUUUUUCUCUGUGUGUUGCAACAAAAUCAAUAUAUCAAAAUGUGGACAUGGUUAAAAAGCAAAAAAAAAAACAAUAAUGCCAUAAGUACACUACAAGGUACAGUUGUUUUUCCAUGUACGGUGUGUUUUUUAUUUUAUUGUAUUGGGUUCGGCAUAUAUCUUGUUGAAAUGUUGAGUAAUGUGUAAUCUCUGGUUCACUUAAAAUGUGAAUGUGUACACAUGCAUACAUUCUCAGAAAACAAAACAUGUUUUGAUAUAGCGUAAACUAAUUGGACUCGAUUACGCUUUAUGGUUCAACAAAUCUACAGGGUAACUACUUUUCCUGUUUUCAAUUGUAUAAUCCCGCCUAGCUUUCCCAUAUUCUGUCCUGGGUGAAAUGGAAGUAGGAUGGGUUAUUUUCCCGAUAUUGCCAUUGCUUCUCAAGCACAAAGUUCCAUCCUUUCGCCAUUGCUUGGAAAUGUGUGUUUUAAUAUACGUAGCAGGUUUAAAAAAAAAAAAAAAAAGGCUUCCUCAUUUGGAAAUGUAAAGAUCUGAAAGCAUGGGGUUUGUUUGCCUCGCUAAAUAGCUGAGAAAAAAUUAAGAAAGGUACGCUUUCUUCAGGGUCUCGCCACCUUUCUUUCAUUCACCAGACGCUCAGGAAUUUUUUGAUAUAAGCAUACUUUUCAUAAACAUCUACCGUGUGGCAGUGCAUUUCAUUUUUGAUUGUAGACCACACAUUGACAUUAUUUCCAAGCAAACCAUAGAGAUGGUUAUUUUUAUUUAGAGCUAUAUAGUUUAGAAAGGGGGGGAGGGAGGGAGAGAUUAAGCCAUUGUAGACUGCAUAAGCAAUGUGGGGGCUUUUCAAGAGGCCUCAAGAGUCCUAUGCAAUACCUUGGCGCUUGUAAACCUUCAAGAAUAUGUGGAGAAUAGUCACUCAUUUCCAAUUUUGCCUGUUUGUUUUUGACAAAAAGGAUGCUUGAUUCCCCUUAAAAAAAUGCAGCAUGCAAAUUAAUGUCCCAGUCAAACUUUUCUUUUUUUGGAUUUGACAAUAUCAGUAGUGCUUAAUCACUGAUUAAAAGUUAAGACUUGGUUAAAGCAUCGCGGUUGAAAGACGUUAAGCAGUGGUUCUCAACUGGUGUGGCUGUGGGACCCACCAUCACCUUUCGAUGAUAAGCAGGGACCCAAAGUUGCAUUCACAGACAUCAGAUUAUUAUUAUUCCCACGCAAAGACCCACCAGUUGAGAAUCAUUGACCUAAAGGACACCUUUUAGAAGUGUUUCUAGGAGGAUACACGAGUUUGUCAGUGAGUGUGUUUGAAAUAAAAGAAAAAGUAUGACUCAUAAAGCACUUAGUUUGGAGUUGAGAGGAAUACAUCACACUUUUUCCUCCAUCAGUUCAAAUUCAUCAGUUUUUGUAUGCUGCAUUGGCCAACAAAAGUUGUGUGUGAUGAGAAAAUGCAGUCAGUGAGGGUCUUUGUUUUUGGAACAACACUGGUGUGUCGGUUGGAGUUUGGAUUGCACUGUGGUUCAAAGAACAUAACCCAGCACUGAAAAGUUGACUUUUCCUUGUCAGUUCUUUCAUUCCUUCCUUCCUUCACCGGCCUUCACCUCUUCUUUGUCUCAAAGUUAGCUGUGUUGUUCUGAUUUCAUGUACACCCUGAGUAAAUGAUUUUUCUUUCAUUGUGGAUUUCAUUAACAUCUAAUAAAAGGGUCAACCAAA